AUGACCGGAGCCGUAGAGGCUGCCAACAAGAACAUUAAAAGAAUCCUGCGAAAAAUUAUUAACAACUACAAGAACUGGAACGAGCAAUUUCCAUAUGCUUUGUUGGGGUACAAGACCAUAACCCGGACAUCCACCAGAGGUACCCCUUACCUCAUUGUUUACGGUAUAGAAGCGGUCAUACCCGCAGAAGUAGAAAUUCCCUUGUUAAGGAUCAUUCAAGAAGCAGAGCUAGACGAUGUCGAAUGGGUUAAAAACCGCUAUGAGCAGCUGGCUAUGAUAGAUAAGAAAAGAAUGGUGGCUGCAUGCCACGAACAACUAUACAGACAGAGAAUGUCUCGUGCUUUCAAUAAGCGAGUCAGAACCCCACUUUUUCAAAUUGGACAACUCGUACUCAAGCGAAUCUUCCCUCAUCAAGAUGAAUACAAGGGAAAACUUGCACCAAAUUGGCAAGGACCAUACAUGGUCCGAAAAUUUCUUUCAGGAAGAGUCGUAGUCCUAGCCGAGAUAGAUAGACAAGAAUGGCCCAAAGCCAUCAAUGCAGACGCACUCAAGUGA